AUGGAUCAAGCCUACAUAACCGGACUUGAGAGCACCCUAAAGCUUGUGGCAGUGCCGGACUCACAAGUGAUCAAGAAUGCCACUGCCAAGCUGAACAACGAGUACUACAAGAGCCCGGACUCGUUGCCGAGUUUGAUCCAGAUUUUGGUGAACAACGAAGAUCUCCAGCUCAAGCAACUGGCCUCGGUCGAAGCUAGAAAGCUGAUUGCGAAGUUUUGGGACCAACUGGACGCUACUCUCAAGCAGGGUAUCCGCGACUCGCUUUUGAACCUAGCAUUCACCUACCACAACAAGAUGAUUCGUCAUUCGACCUCCAGAAUCAUUGCUGCUAUUGCUACAAGAGAAGAGUGGCCCGGUCUACUGAAUAACCUUACUGCUGCUUGUCAGGAUUCCAACGUGCUCACUAGAGAAAUGGGAGUAUACAUUUUGCACUCCAUUUUGGAGCUGACCCCAUUGGAAUGGUCUAGAUAUUUGGGAGACUUCUUACAGCUUUUUGCCAUCACCAUGAACGAUGCUGAGUCGUUGGAAGUUCAGUAUGUUUCUGCUCUUGCCUUCGAGUCUAUCGCGCAGUAUUUGGACGAAGAUGCCAAUGCCUCGCGUGAGACCGUUGAGCUCUUCCAGAAGCUGAUUGACUCAUUGAUUCAAGUGUUGAAGAACACUCUGGCCCAGGAUGAUUCCGAAAAGGCCAAGGAAGUGUUCUCCGUUUUCAACACAUUGAUUAUGGUGAGAAGCUCAUACUUGGGGGACAAGGCCGUCGUUCUGAUCGGCGCUGCGCUUGAGAUCUCCACCUCUGUUGCCAUGGAUGCAGAAAUCAGAGGAGUGGCCCUCCAGUUCCUGAUCUCGUAUGUCAUGUUCAAGAAAUCGGUGAUCAAUGCCAAGAACCUGGGUCCAAACUUAGCUCUUGCUGCUCUCUCUAUCGUCAGCGAAGAGGACGAUGAAGCCGAGGAAGAGCUCGAUAAUGAGGAGGAAGUCAAGGAGAACGAGGAAGACAAGCUCCAUGACAUUGCCCUCAGACUUGUCAGAAGUCUUUCUGAGGAGUUGGCCCCUUCACAGGCGGUUGCUCCGCUCUUUAACAAGAUUCCAGAGAUGAUGGCUUCCCAGGACCAAUUUGCCAGAAGAGCUGCUCUCUUGGCCCUUGGGGUUGCAGUCGAUGGAGCCCCAGAGUUCUACUCUGUCCAAUUGCAGAAGGUGGUGGCCGUCAUUGUGGCAGGUCUUCAAGAUUCUUCUUUGAUUGUCCGUGCUGCUGCUCUGAGAUCUUUGGACCAGAUCACGUCUGAGUCCCAGGACGAAAUUGCCCAGCAUCACGAUGUCCUGUUUCCAGCAGUGAUGCACAUAAUCGAGACUGCCACCAAGAUCAUGGUGUAUAAGUAUGCAACUCGUGCUUUAGAUGGUCUGGUUGAGUUCAUGUCCUACGAUGCUAUCCAACAGUACUUGGAACCUUUGAUGAACAAGCUGUUCAUGAUGCUUGAGAACGCAAGUUCUUCGUCUCUUAAGUCGGCCAUUGUUGGUGCAAUUGGCUCUACCGCUUACGCAGCUGGAAAAUCGUUCACACCCUACUUUGAAAACUCUGUCAAGUACCUGGAGCGUUUCAUCACCAAUAUGACCACUGCCGAGGGGCUUUCUGAGGACGACAUCGAGCUCCGUGCCAUGACCUUUGAGAAUGUUUCCACUAUGGCACGUGCUGUUGGAUCUGAGGUAUUUGCUCCAUAUGCUACACCUUUGUUUGAGUCUGCAUAUGGUGCCAUCAACUCUGAGAACCCAAGGCUCAAGGAGUCUGGUUUUGCUUUCAUCACCAACAUGGCCAAGGUGUACGGCGAAGCUUUCACUGAGUUUCUGCCCAAAUUGGUACCCGAGAUCUACUCGUGCCUUGAGCAGAGCGAAAUAUCGUUUGACUUUGGUGGUGAGGGCUUUGACCCUGCUAGUCUUGAAGAAUUAGACGAGGAGGAUCUUGCCGAGAACAUCAAGGUCAACACCGGAGUGACUGUGGAGAAGGAAGUGGCCUGUAUCGCACUUGGUGAGCUUGCCAUUGGUACCAAGCUCGGAUUCGCGCAAUACGCUGCUCCUUCAAUUGACGUUUUGGAGAACCAGAUCGAGAAUUCUUACGGAGUUCGUGAGACUGCUCUUCAAACCAUUUGGAAGAUCGUCAACGCUAUGUUCAAGGCCACAGGACUCAACGAUUCCACUCUGGCCCUCAUCAAAAAGGCCCGUUUCAUCACGCUCUCCAAUUUGCCAGAAGAGCCCGAGCUGACCAUGGUGGUGAGCUCCCUUGAGUGCAUCUACGAAUACCUCAAAGAGAUCGGAUCCGUAGUUAUCAUGGACGGACCUAACGACCACGAGGAUCUGCAGACCCUUUGCACGGAAGUCUUGAGCCUGUUGAAGGGCGAGCACUUGGCCCAGCUCGAAAACCUUGAGGAAGAGGGAGAAGACGAGUUUGACGAAGGCUCUGAACACUCUGCCGUGGUUUAUGACUCUGCUCUUGAGGUUCUGACCAGUCUUUCCAAGACUUUCGGAGCCGACUUUGCUCCAAUUUUUGCUUCCUUCAAAGAUCUCAUCUUGAGCCAUGCUUCUGGCAAGAACAAGAAUAAGGCUAGACGUGUGGCUGCAGUUGGGUCUCUCGCCGAUAUCGUGAGUGGAAUGAAGGGAAACAACCCAUACUUCGAGGAUUUCAUGAAGUGCUUUAUUUCCAGACUUGAACACGACAAGUCUUCCGAAGUCAGAGGAAAUGCAGCUUAUGGUGUGGGUCUGUUGAUCGAGUACUCGGAAGGUGAUCUCACUGCUCUGUACCCUUCCAUCUUCAACGAUCUGGUCACUUUGCUCAACAAAACUGACAAGGACAUGGCUAAGACUGAUGAUGAUGACGAAGAGAAUAGAGAGACCAUCAAUAGGACAAUCGCCAAUGCAUGUGGAUGUGUUUGCCGGAUGUUGUUGAAGAACGACACUGCGGUGCCAGCCUCUGCAAUUGUGCCAACUCUAUUGGGCCGUCUGCCUCUUGAAAGCGGCUUCGAAGAAAACAAGCCUAUUUUUGAGUUCAUCCUCAAGCUUUAUUCUCAAAACGAUUCUGUUAUUGUGGACCAGACGCCUCGGGUUGUGGAGAUCUUUGCUGGUGUCUUUGCCAAGGACCUAGAGCACCAGAAGCUGGCUAAUGAGUCUACUCUUGGAAGAGAGGGAAACAUCGACCGUUUCAAGCAAUUUGACAAUGAUGAGCUCAAGGCCAAGGUGGUCGAGCUUUUGAGAUACUUUGAGUCCAAGUCUGCGGGACUUGUUUCAAGCCAUGAGUUGCUGAAGGCUGCUAUUGCAUAA